UUGUAGUCCUACCAAACACUACGUUCAGUCGUGGACAGAUAGUGCAGCAACCCACAUGACUGGUGUAUAGCUAGACACUUUUCGCUGCGAAGAAGUGGAUAAAAAACGGAAUAUAACGAUACGAACUACCAAACUAGAAGAACUUGAGCCGAAGGACAUACGAAGGACGCAAAAGGAAGCAUUUUUCCUCUGUGUUGCAAAGCUGUGGCUUGUUGGACAAAGUCUUGUUCUCUCCUCUGUGCAUGUUCAAAUCGGAGGAGUGCAUUGGUACGGUGACUCGGCCAGACACCGUCUAGUUUCCAAGCGGAGCGGCAAGGCAACACCAGAGCCAUGAUUUUGAGAAGGGGCUCAGUUGUUGGAGUUACUGAUUUUUGCUUACAUGCCUUAUUGUUGUGCUUUUGUGCAAAGGUGGCGGAGGGAACGGGUCAGUUCGAGUUGGAGAUUUUAUCGAUGAACAACCUGAACGGCGAGCUUCUUAGCGGGCUGUGUUGUGACGGCUCACGGAUCACCGGGGAUCGGAGAUGCAGGAUGGAUGAGUGUGAUACGUAUUUUAAAGUGUGUUUGAAGGAAUACCAGUCGCGGGUUUCGGCUGCGGGACCUUGCAGCUUCGGGUCCGGUUCUACCCCUGUCCUUGGAGGGAAUACAUUUUCUUUGAAGAACUCGGCGAAGAACGAAAGAUCCAAGAUUGUUUUGCAGUUCAGUUUCGCCUGGCCGAGGUCCUACACGUUGAUAGUGGAGGCCUUGGACGCGAACAACGAUACCAGCGGUGGUGAUGGUCGACUAUCUGUCGACAGGGCUGCCAGUACAGAACAUCGGACACUGCAAAGACCAGAUGACUGCAA